UUUACCUGCACAGAUUGUUCAUUUCCGACGACAGAUUUGAGAAUAUUUCUGAAUCACAUAUUUGUGAUACAUAAAUACCGCUGGUACAAAUGUCCAAUCUGCCGUGUUUGCACGACAUCUCCAAAUGCAAGCAUGGAGCAUUUUCGAAAAAAUCCUGAUCACAUGAUACCAUAUGGGAAAAGAAACUCACAGAAAAAGAUAAUUCAACCGAGACGAGAAAAAAAAUACAGGUACAAGUCGGAUGAGAACUUGAACAUCGAGGUGAAGAAAGAAGGUAACAAAGAAAAGAUUGUUAUAACACCCAAACCUCAUUGUUUCAAGAAGGGGAAUAAAAUAGAAAAAAAAUUCUACUGUGAGGUUUGUGAAUUUAAAACACUUAGCUACAGUACACUGAUGGUACAUAAGAAUAGGAAUCAUAAUUUGGCUAUGAGAUGCCCAGGGUGUUUUCCUCACUUAAAUUCGAUAGCUGAAUUGAUAAAACAUUUAAUGGAUAGUCCCAAUCAUAUGACGACUUAUCUCAGAUGCAACAUUUGUGAUUUUGGAACCUACGAUGAACGGGCAUUAACGAUUCAUAAGAAGAGGAAACACUUUUAA